UAAAGCAUCACAGAGAAGAGAGAAAACCCUAAAGCAAAUUCCUGACAUUGCAGUUUAUCAUUUGUGUGUGACUUUCCAGUCAGUCCCGUCUUCUGGUGCCUUCCUUGAUUAACCCCUGGAGGUUUUCUGAGCAAGAUUUGUGAAGUGGUUUUUCCGUCCCACUUUCUUCCAAUGGUUUUUUUUUUCAAUGCAUUGUAACUUCAAAUUGUCACUAAAUGAGCUGUUCUAAGUCCAGGAGUAUCUGUAUAACAAACUGGCUCUUAUCUCUGUACCUGUAUAGAAAUAUGGAAGAUUCUUUGUUUACUUCCCUACGUUUCUCCAGCUACAUCUUUGUGGAGAGUCUGAAGAAAGCAAUGCCACAUUAUUGUGAGGCAAGCCCUGUCCCCUUUGUAGGUACAUUAUGAUGUCACAUGCACAUCCCAAAGGGAAAGAUCUUGCAACAUAAUGCUGCUUUCAUUAUCCUGAAAUGAGCUUGGAGAUAUCUAUAUUCAAAUUUUAAUUGCAGGCUGAUGGGAACAUGAAAAUCUCCACUCUUUUCCAACCUUGGUUCAUGAACAAUUCUGGAGUUCUGUCCACCAGAGCUAAAUCAAAGAGAGAUUUCCUCUCUCUAGGAAUGGCAGAGGCUGGAGAAACUCCAUGCAUCACAAAGCCAUCUCUCAUUAACAGAGGUGUGUAUUGUUUAUCUAAGCCUGCAGGCUAGCAAUCAGAACCAGAGGGCCUUCUGGUUCCCAAGUCUUGGCAUAAGUUAGAUGUCUUUGACAUCUAUUGCAUAUAUUUUGCUAUUGGUUUUUUGGAUUUCUGUCUUAUUUCUUUUACUAUCUUCUUUACCUUGUUGGUUUGGAGUGAGGUGACACUGAACUGGAUUAGUCAGUCAAUAAAUUCACAACAGCCUACAAAGAGAAAGGGAUGUAUUUCCCAGUUUAAAGGCAGAACCUGUUGUCAUCCUUCCUUUCUUUAAUCAGUUUGCCAAGAGAUGGAGGAGGAUCACAAUGUCACCUUGCUGCAUUCUCAGAAUAGUAGCAACAUUUGACCUUUGAGCACCAAUUUCCUUAAUGUAAGAAUAAGGGCUAAUCCUCUGUUGAUUUAAGUUUAUGAUCUAAAAGGAUAUGAGUUACUAUACUGUAAUGUUGGAAGGAAAAAUCUUCAUCAGGAUCCAGUCCAAGCCAGGAAUAAACAAAAUGGAGACUACUUUAGAAAGAAGGUUGCAGUUUAUUGAAGAGGAGAGUCCUCCACAUCCCUGCCUCCCCCAGGUUGAUUUUACCCAUCUCUCAGACCUUUGGGAAGUCCCUUAAAAUCUGAUUGUGCCAAAAGGCUUGGGGAUCUCAAGGAAACAAUAAUUCGAUUAGGUGGCUCCAUGGUUUGAAGUAUGAUGCUGUCUCUUAGCCUCCUAAAAUAUGUUUUUUGUAUUUUUUGAAUGUUUCUGAAAUUGUUUUGUUGUUUUGUCCUGCUAUCUGCAAUGUGUGACCAUAUAAAUAAGAUCAACCCAUCAAUUUAUGAGCUGCUUUUUCAGGUGAAUUGUAAUGCAUUGAAGCAACCUGCUUCCAUUUUGCUCCUUUCCCGCGCCCUAUCCCAAUUGUGCCGUAAGUAAUGGGAGAGCGCCCGGUUGAGGAAAUCUGGACUCCCUGGGAUUAGCUCACGGCUUCCCUUUUCCCGAUAAAUCUCUUCUCAAAGCACCGGGAAGAAAAACGAGAUUGAAAUCUUUCAGCAACCCCUUCGGGCUGAGCUGAAGCCAGGUGAGGAAAGACAGACGCAAUCGCCCACUUUCCUCCCUUGCACAAAGCGAGCUCUGCGGUCAGGCUGAGGUGAAGCCAAAACGCGGACCGGGAGCGGAGGCGGAGCGCUUCAAAAAGGGGCUGCUGGCAAGGAGAGUAAAGAAGGGGAGCGCCAAGGGCACGAGGGGCCGGAAAGAAGGCGGAGGCGAGAAAAAGGCGAGAGCGGCACAGACGGGGCACAAAGCGCGCCGGGAAAAGAGCGUGAGCGUCUACUCGGACCAUGGGCGCCUUCCUCCUCAGCGCAAGCUGGCUGGGCUUUUUCCUCCUGCUGCUGCUGCUCCUGUUGCUGGUGACCUCGCUCAGCGGGAGGACCCGGCGGCACAAUGAACCUCCACUUGAUAAAGGUCACAUUCCUUGGCUUGGGCAUGCACUGGCAUUUGGUAAAGAUGCUGCCAAGUUCCUGUCUGAGAUGAAAGAGAAGCAUGGCGAUAUUUUCACGGUUAAAGUUGCAGGAAAAUUUGUAACUGUCUUAUUGGAUCCGCAUUCCUACGAUGUGGUGCUUUGGGAAUCAUGUGCCAAGCUGAACUUUGGCCAAUAUGCACGUAUUUUAAUGAAACGGAUGUUUGAUGUGACGCUCCCCAAUUAUGAUUCUAACGAGGAAAAGGCCAUGCUAAGACCCACUCUGAAGGACAAAAAUCUUGACAGCCUGACUAAGGCCAUGUGCCUUAACUUACAAAACAUUCUGCUUCCUGGCCCUGAUUGCGCCGGUAGGCAGUGGAAAGAGGAAGGUCUGUUUCAGCUCUCCUACAGCACUAUGUUCAGAGCUGGAUUCCUGACAUUGUAUGGAAAUGAAAGCAAGAAUUAUGAAGAUAUUAAUAGUCAAGAUAAAGAUCGAACUCAUUCAAUGGAAGUUUAUAAUGCAUAUUAUAAAUUAGACCGAUUUUUGAUGAAAGCUGCCCGGUCAACUUUAAGUGCAGGGGAAAAGUUGAAAUUUUACAACACCAGGAAGGAUCUCUGGAAUUUUUUUUCUAUGGAAAGACUGGACAGCAGAGCGAACCAAAGUGUUUGGCUGAACAGCUAUAAGGAACACUUGGUAGACCUUGGUGUGAAUGAAGAUAUGCAGACUAGAGCCAUGGUGCUGCAACUCUGGAGUACUCAGAGUAAUGCUGGUCCAGCAGUUUUUUGGCUUCUCCUGUUUCUUUUGAAACAUCCUCCAGCCAUGGCAGCAGUUGAAGCUGAAAUAGAAAAACUAUUUAGAAACAGACGAUUAACAACCAGGCCAAUUUGUGAGAUAAUCAGUCAAGACGUUUUGGAUAGCACACCCAUUUUCGACAGUGCUUUGAAUGAAACCCUGCGUUUGACAGCAGCUCCUUUUAUCAGCCGAGAGGUCCUUCAAGACAUGGCCCUGAGAAUGGCAGCUGGCAGAGAGUAUCACCUGAGGAAAGGAGAUAGGCUUUGCCUCUUUCCAUUCAUAAGCCCUCAGAUGGACCCUGAAAUCUACCAGGAGCCAGAGAAGUUCGUAUAUGAUCGAUUUCUCAAUUCAGACGGCACAGAAAAAAAAGACUUCUAUAAAGGAGGAAAAAGGCUCAAGUAUUACAAUAUGCCAUGGGGAGCAGGAGUAAAUGCCUGCAUUGGGAAGUUCUUUGCAGUUAAUAGCAUCAAACUAUGUGUUUUCCACCUCUUAAACUGUUUUGAUUUGGAACUGAUAGAUUCUGCUAAGAAGAUCCCAGGCUUUGACAAGGAGAGACAUGGUUUUGGAAUGCUGCAGCCAGAAAUGGAUGUCAGAAUUCGAUAUAAAUUGAAAGCCCAGUAAAGCGAUGGCCCAUUUCUUCAAUCAUUCUGUCUAGUGCAUAAUGCACAAACAAACAAUGAUUGUUAGUUUCUAUUGGAAUUGAUUUUGGGACCCAUUACUAAAAGGAUGGCAAAUGUCUAAUCCUAGACCAUAUUCUGCCUUCCAAUUUCCUUAAACUGUUCUCCCCUUGUGAAGGUGACUUCAGUUUUUCUACCUCAUUCUCAGAACAUUUCAAGAAGAAAUUCAUUGUAAUAUAAGCUAUUGAGAGUAAGGCUGUUACUUUUUCAGUUUGACCUCUCUCCAUCACUCUGUAGCCUCUCAGGCUUACAAUGACUUUUCAUCUGAAAGAAGCCCCCUUGUGAAAAGCAAGGGGGGUGGGUGGGUAGACUGUAGGAGGAAUACUUCACAAUGUACUACAAGAUCCAGAUAUAAUAUUUCCAUUCUCGUUGAGUACAAUUAUAACAGAAUUAAUGCAAAAACACCACACUCCUUUUAUGUGGAUUUUAAUUGAGAUUCCUUUGUGUAGUUAAAAAAAAAAAAAGCAAAAGCACUUUAUUUUUUUAUCAGUUUGAAUUCAGAAAAAUAUUUUGGCCCAGUGCUUCUUUUGUCUUUCUCAACUAUGAUCCUCCAGAUAUUCUGGCUGGGAAUUCUGAGAGUUGUAAUUUAAUGCACCUUUAAAGCAUCAAUUUAGAGAAGCCUGAUUUAUGUUUAGCUAUGAAAAUGCAUUUUACGCUGUUCUGCAAGUUGCUAAUAUUCAAAAGUUUUUGCAAACCAGUAUUUCUGUAUAUAUAUGUUGAUGCAAGUAGGCAAUUUCAAAUAGUACAUAUGUGCAUAAAGCAUUUAAAUUGGCCUUUUGUGACACGUUAGAAAGCCAGCUAAGUUCUGAGUUCAUGAACAGUGAAUAAUAAAUAUGAAUAAAAAUAAUUUGUUCAAUUGAAAACUGUAAA